AUGUCGCGAUCCGUAGCGCGCCGCGUCUACGGCGACGUCUUCUCGCGGUGGCCCAAGCAGGACCUGCGGCCCGACUACCAGCUCCAGGACGUCAUGCGUCGCGUCGUCGACGAGCGAUAUCCCUCCUUCCGGCCGGCCGCCGAGCCGGAGGAGCUUCUCAAGGCCCGCGCCCUGCAGUUUCUCGUCCAGGACAAGUUCCGCGACCGCUACAAGCUCAAGGGCCCGAUGCUCGAGCCGAGGAGCCAGCCGAGAUACUUUGACGACCUCGUGCGGGAGAUUGACGAGGCGCCCAACCGGUCGUGGUUCGAGCGCCUCGGCAAGCGCCUGUCGGGCAUGAUUCGGCUGCAGUGA